AUGGGCCUGGGGUAUGGGGGUGGAUUUUCAGAAAAGACGUAUGAAUGGAGCUCAGAAGAGGAGGAGCCAGUGAAAAAGGCAGGACCAGUCCAAGUCCUCAUUGUCAAAGAUGACCAUUCCUUUGAGUUAGAUGAAACUGCACUAAAUCGGAUCCUUCUCUCAGAGGCUGUCAGAGACAAGGAGGUUGUUGCCGUAUCUGUUGCUGGAGCAUUUAGAAAAGGAAAAUCAUUCCUGAUGGACUUCAUGUUGAGAUAUAUGUACAACCAGGAAUCAGUUGAUUGGGUUGGUGACUACAAUGAACCAUUGACUGGUUUUUCAUGGAGAGGUGGGUCUGAACGAGAGACCACAGGAAUCCAGAUAUGGAGUGAAGUCUUCCUUAUCGAUAAACCUGAUGGUAAAAAGGUUGCGGUGUUGUUGAUGGAUACUCAGGGAACCUUUGACAGUCAGUCAACUUUGAGAGAUUCGGCCACAGUGUUUGCCCUUAGCACAAUGAUCAGCUCAAUACAGGUAUAUAACUUAUCCCAAAAUGUCCAGGAGGAUGAUCUUCAGCAUCUCCAGCUUUUCACUGAAUAUGGCAGACUGGCAAUGGAGGAAACAUUCCUGAAGCCAUUUCAGAGUCUGAUAUUUCUUGUUCGAGACUGGAGUUUCCCAUACGAAUUUUCAUAUGGAUCUGAUGGUGGCACCAAAUUCUUGGAAAAACGCCUCAAGGUCUCAGGGAACCAGCAUGAAGAAUUACAGAAUGUUCGAAAACACAUCCAUUCUUGUUUCACCAACAUUUCCUGUUUUCUGCUACCUCAUCCUGGCUUAAAAGUAGCUACCAAUCCAAACUUCGAUGGAAAACUGAAAGAAAUAGAUGAUGAAUUCAUCAAAAACUUGAAAAUACUGAUUCCUUGGCUACUUAGUCCUGAGAGCCUAGAUAUUAAAGAGAUCAAUGGGAAUAAAAUCACCUGCCGAGGUCUGGUGGAGUACUUCAAGGCUUAUAUAAAGAUCUAUCAAGGUGAAGAAUUACCACAUCCCAAGUCCAUGUUACAGGCCACAGCAGAAGCUAACAAUUUAGCAGCCGUGGCAACUGCCAAGGACACAUACAACAAAAAAAUGGAAGAGGUUUGUGGUGGAGACAAACCAUUUCUGGCCCCUAAUGACCUGCAGACCAAACAUCUGCAGCUUAAGGAAGAAUCUGUGAAGCUAUUCCGUGGGGUGAAGAAGAUGGGUGGGGAAGAAUUUAGCCGGCGUUACUUGCAGCAGUUGGAGAGUGAAAUAGAUGAACUUUACAUCCAGUAUAUCAAGCACAAUGAUAGCAAAAAUAUCUUCCACGCAGCUCGUACCCCAGCCACACUGUUUGUUGUCAUCUUUAUCACAUAUGUGAUUGCUGGUGUGACUGGAUUCAUUGGUUUGGACAUCAUAGCUAGCCUAUGCAAUAUGAUAAUGGGACUGACCCUUAUCACCCUGUGCACCUGGGCAUACAUCCGGUACUCAGGAGAAUACCGAGAGCUGGGAGCUGUAAUAGACCAGGUGGCUGCAGCUUUGUGGGACCAGGGAAGUACAAAUGAGGCUUUGUACAAGCUUUACAGUGCAGCAGCAACCCACAGACAUCUGUAUCACCAAGCUUUUCCUGCACCAAAGUCGGAAUCUACUGAACAAUCAGAAAAAAAGAAAAUUUAA